GGUAACAAUGGCAUCCGGGAGCCCCUCGCGUUCCCAGCCACCGCCGCUGCCGCCGCCGGCGGAACCCCAAGCACUGCCCGCCCCCACCACCAUACGCGCCCUCUCCGAUGACCUCCUUCGCGAGAUCUUCCUCCGCCUGCCGUCCCUCCCUUCCCUCGUCCGCGCCGCCCUCACCUGCCGCGCCUUCCUCGCCGCCGUCUGCUCCUCCCCCGCCUUCCGCCGCCGCUUCCGCGCGCUUCACCCGCCCCCUCUCCUCGGCUUCUUCGUCAGCGCCAAUGGCACCGAAAUGCACUCCUUCAUGCCCAUCCGCCGCCGCUCCGACCCGGACCACGCCGCCGCCAUCCGCGGCAUCGAUGUCUUCCUCACCCGCGUCCCCUGCGACGACGACGUCUUCCCCGGGUGGCACAUAAGCGAGUGCCGCGGCGGCUGUAUCCUCCUCGUUAACUGGGAAUCCAAGCAGAUCGGCUCCUACAACCCCCUCACCCAGGCCCUGGAUCUCCUCCCGAUGCCGCCUGACGACAUCUCCAAAGGCCACCGCGGCAAGUUCAUCCCUAUGCGUUACUUCUUGCUUUCCUCCGACGACGAGGCGCCCGACAGGUCAUCGUUCCGCGUGGUCUACUCCUGCCACGACAAGUCGCGGGUUCGCGCCACCGUCUACUCGUCGGCCACCAGGAAGUGGCAAAUUCUCCCCUGGUCGGAGCCUGCGCCGGCGCAGCCGGCGAGCGGCAAGUACUGGCUUCUCGCGGGCACGCAGGUGAAUGGGUUCCUGUGCUGGUCGCACUCCUGGCAUGCCUACAUCGUGCUUCUGGACACCGCGGCGCUGCAAUUCUCCUUCAUCGAUCUGCCGGAGGAUUUGAAGGGGCAAAGCCACCUUUACAUGAUUGGGGAUACCAAGGAUGGGAAGCUCUGCAUUGUUGCCGCAAUAGAAUUCACACUGUUUAUUUGGUUCCGAAGAGCAGAUGCUGACGGUGUUGACAGGUGGAUGCUUGAAAGUAUGAUCCGGUUGGAUAGAGAGGUUCUUCGGGCGACCAAGGGCUCAAGGGAGGAACAUGAAGAGCUCAAAGUGUUCGCCAUUCUGGAUGGAAUUGUAUACAUGUCGACUUAUGAGACAUUCAGAGAUGCAACUUUACCUUGUUGGUACUUAUCCUUCUGCCUGGAAACUAGGAAUCUGGAAAAGCUCUUUUUUGGUAAAACUGAUGGCCACAUGCAUCCAUACAUCAUGGCGUGGCCUUCUUCUUUAGUAGGUAACAAUUUGGGCCCUUGACUUGGAGGUGCUUGUUAAGUGUGGAACUGGUUAUGGUAACCUUGGAGGAAGGCGAAAACUACAGUUGCUAAGUACUCAUUUUAUUGUACUCUUAUAUUGAGUUAUUGACAUCUAUUUUGUUUCAUUUAAUGGUGGCAAUUGUUCUUAAAUAAAUUGUAGAGUAAUAUUAAUGUCAUACCAAGUUUUUGUCUAGCGUUAGUAGUUCGUUCACUUACCUUACAGUGCACCAAUAGCACUAUUUAUUCUCGCAUAUUAGAACAAUUACCUUGUUUCUGCAUAGUCUCUGGAAAGCACCAGGCCCUGCUGUUGAUUAAUGUUUGUGUGACAGGAGAAACAGUAACGGAAUAUAGUAUAAGAGUUUAAGAAUUAAUUCCAGAAUAGAAUGCAAUGUUUAUACUGUGCAGAUUUCUUACACCCUCUGGCUACUAUCCUUUGUAACCAGCCCUAGGUAAAAAUGAUAUUAUGUCGAUGGAACCACAAGACAAUUAUAAUCCUUUGAGCAAAUACUUCCAUGCACACUGCAUUUGAGGCUCAACCCCCAAUAUGCUUUGACAGCUUUUGAAUAUGUGCAAGAUUAUAUUGCCUGUAUUUUCUUUAGUCCUGGUAAUAUCACUGCAAAUGUGUGUUUUCUUUCGGCAUAAAAUAUUUCUUAAGUUAUGAAAAAUCAACAAUGGAUCUUACUGAAACUAGAAUUCAGAUUUUAGCUUCAGCUUCACCUGUUUCACGCAAAUCGAGACACUGUAGCAUGAUGCUGUUUCAUAAGCUUGUGCUAAAAUGAACUAGAAACUAGGCGAAGCCAGGUUUUCUACCUUCACCGGCUUCAGCUUCACUGGUGAAGCCGUUUUGGCAUAAGCUAUGCCAAACGGGGCCUUAGUUGUACGCUUUGAAGAUGGUGUAUAUGUGACCAGAAUGAUUUCUGGUUUCAAAUCAGAGCCUAUGGGAGAAAGAUUUUGAGCAUACACUUUAGUUUUUAUGUCGAUAUGUAGCUUGCAAGAUAUAUGUUUAGAUAUUAAUGGUCUCAUAUCAAUUUAAUUAUGUGCUAUGACAUUAUAUUAGCUCCUGAGUGCAUCGAGUUGUUAGUAAAUUGUAUUAGCAUGAAGUUUGGUUUUCUUAAAUCUAAUGCAUUCAUAGUGAGAAGCCUUUACAUAUCAUGUUUUGUGAAAAUUAUAGUACAUGGAACCUAAUGUUUGCCAGCUGCAUCGAAGGAACUCUCUUAAUUUCGUUUGCUUUGUAUAGUACUUUUCUUAUAGCACUGUGCUGCAAAUACUUGUGGUUCAAGACUUUUAGUCUAUUUAUUAACUCCUGAGUUCUGACUGUGGACAACGUCAUCACCUGAAAAUUUAGAAAAUUGUUCCAACCAUUUUGAGAUGAAUUUUUUUUCAGGCUUUAGCGAAAUAUUUGUUUCGAGUAUUGAAACAUUGUUUUAUGUACCUAUUGAUUGAAUAUUUGUCUUAUGAUGUCCUUUUAUUUAUUCAAGCAUUCUAAUUUAUUCUGGAAAAGGAAAAUGCAAGUGUUCCCUUGCGUACCAUUUCAUUUUACCCAAGGUGAGCAAGGUCCAUAGUUGAAACUAAUAUUUAAUUUGCAAUUUUGUUUCCUAUAUAUAUUCUCACAGGCUGGAAGCAUUCAUGAUAAAUAUGAAUUACUAGGAUCACAAUAUAAAGAUUUAGGUUGUUUUAUUUUUUUCUUGGAUAAGGAGAUAAUGUCUAAAAUUUUUCCUCUGAUUUUCUGUAUUGAAUCAUUAUUGAUGUGCCUUGAAUCCACUUAUUGCUUUUGUUAAUUGUUAUAUAUAUGAGUAGGCAAAGUUAAAACUGAAAGAAUUUUACAAUGAUCCACUCUAAUCAUGCAUUACUCCAUUAGUAAGAUACUCCAUCAGUUGUGCUGAUCAUUACUUGAUGCCCUUUGCAUUUAGCUUUGAGAUCCAUAAGCAUUGUUUGAGUCAUAUAGUCAGGUGGGCUAGAUCUUCUGUUUGCUGCAGGAAAGCAGAAGCCAAGAGAUGGAAAUGGAAAGAAAAUGAUUAACAAAUUCAGAAGCUACAAAGGCGGCAUAGGAAAUCACAGACUGAUAUGGUUCGUAGAGGAAUGAACAUAAGAGUUGUGAAUUGUAAUGCAGAGGGUGAGCUGUAGUUCUCGCCGAGUCAAGGAUUGUUCCCAGCUGGCUCGAUCUUGAUGAAUGGAAGCUUGUAGUUGCAUCACAUUGGAUUCUAGUAAAGAGAUGGGCCUUCUUGUCU